GAGGCAGCGGCUCUUGAUAACAAGCCUCGUGGGAUGCUGUAUUGCCGCAGUAUAAAAUUUGGUUGAAAGACAUCCCCCUCUCUCGAACCUUGCAACUUCAGCCUUUUCCAGUUUCUCGCCAGUCUGAGUCGACCCUUUCACAAUAUUCAUGUCUCGCUCAGAUAGACAAGUAGCAAUAACUGGGGUCCUCAUGGACCCCGAAAGUUUGUCAUGCACGGUUUGGGUGAACCGAGACGCCACAUUUCAACAAAUCAUUAUAGUACUAAGUGAACGACUUUCCGCAAAGUACAACACCCUCUUCGACCCAAAAAACCCCAUCGUAUUGGAAGAUCUAGAGUUCUUUAUAGCAUCCAAUCCGCUCACUAGUGACUGUGUCUUGGAACCAAUAACAAGUCUAUCCAUCCCUGCGCCAUUGGACCGGACCUUUACUGUAUUAUUUAAAAUGCCGAAAUCACACGCAUUUCGCGCACUGGUGAACGAGAACAAGGAAAACAGCUCUCGGAUGUCCGCAGACAUUCUUGUACGGGACGAAGAAUUGUCAGAGCUGAAGGCAGAGAGAAAAACUUCCCGAGGCAACAAAAAUAAAGGUGGUUCAGUGGCAUACAUAUCAGCGACUGACAGUUCCUCGAUUCAGAAGGCUCUGGAUGAUAUGCGCCGGGAUUUGCGCGAACAGUCUAGUUUAAUUACAGAGCAAGCCAGCAAACUUACGGAACAAGCGAGCAAACUUUCGGAACAAACCAUCAAACUUUCAGAACAAGCCAGCAAACUUACGGAACAAGGUGACAAGAUAAACCGGCUCGAAGCUUCAAACGCACAGACAACGGCCACCCUGAACCGCCAAUCCACGACGCUUCAUGCUCUCCAUCGUCGCGUGGUACUCGAUGAGGCUCGUGAUGUCCUCAUCAACCGCUACGGUCUCGCUAUCAGCGAUCUUCGACUUGGAGCUACUGGCCGGAAGCGAGGAGGGGCUCUGGGUGAAUUGGUGCGGAGUGUGCGUUCGAAGUUAAACGCAGAAGAUGCAGCUCUGCUUCCCGAUGACGCCUUGAAAAUGAUUUUCGAUGGCGGCAAGAAUACCGUCCGCCAACAAGGGAAUGUCGCGGCUCAUAAUGCCUCCAAGGAGGAACUGAGCUUAGCUGUCCUAGGGACAGGGUUGAAUUCGUCGCAAUUGGCGUCAUUGGAAAUGGUCUACAAAUUUACGCAUAACGAAGUUCCGAAAUUGCACCCACAGGAGAUCUAGAAAAUCUUCAUAUGUUGCUGUCUUUCACGAGACAUAUACACUGUACACUAUUACUACAUCACUCAAAUACCAUACAUGGAACGGUCAGAGAUUUU